AUGCCACGAGAAAAAGGUAUUUUUUGGCUUGAAUACGAAUUAGUCAAAGAUAAUCCAAAUGAACCGGAAAAGUAUUGUUGCAAACAUUGUAAUACUAAAUAUGCUAAAAAUGCCUCAAGACUUCAAAAUCAUCUUGAAAAAUGCAUUAAUUACCAAAAAAAGUUAAUUGAAGAAGAAUUAAUAAAUACUAUGUCAAAUGAAUUAACCUAUAAACAUAGUGAAAGUGAUCAGAAGGAAUUGGAAAAUUUAUUAGCACGAGCUUUUUAUUCAGCUGGAAUGUCAUUUAAUAUUAUUGAAAAUGAAGAUAUCAAAGCUGUAUUUCAAAAAGAUAUUCCAUGGUUUAAGAUUCUAUCCCGAUAUCGUUUAUCAAAUACACUUUUAAAUCAAGAAUAUGUAAAAAUUAAACAACUUGUUGAAACAACAUUACAUCGACUUCAAAUAAAAGUUUAUAAUAAUCAUAUAUCUUUAUUACUUCCUGGAGAUACUCGAUGGGGAUCUGUAUUUUAUUCAGCAAAAAAUCUUCUAGAAACAAAGGCGGCUAUUCAAAGAAUAACAUUAGAAGAUAAUGUUAAAAUUUCUGAUGAAAUUAAAAAUUUAAUUUUAUCAGAUAAUUUUUGGUUUAAUCUUAAAAUUCUUUAUAAUUUUCUUUCGCCUUUUGCUAUUUUUUUAAAAAAAUUGCAAACUGAUCAACCUACUCUUUCAACUGUUUAUUCAGAGUUAUGUAAACUAAAAAUCUCUAUUUCUGAAAAUACUGAAAUUCCAAAUGACUUUAAAACUAAUUCAAUUAGUAAAGGAACAGAACGAUGGAAUAACUUUCUUUAUAAUCCGGUAAUUAUAUUGGCAUACAAACUCGAUUCUCAAUAUCAAGGCAAAACUUUAAAUCCAAAAAAGUGGGAUUUAAUUAUUGAAGAUGAAUUAAUACGAUUAGUAUCAAGUCAAGAUCAAGAAAUUAUAUUAAACGAAUAUGCAGAAUAUAUUGCUUUACGCAUAUUAUCAAUACCACCUACUUCAGCAGCUUGUGAAAGAAAUUGGUCAACUUUUGGCUUUAUACAUAAUAAACUGCGUAAUAGACUUAAUGAUCCAAAAGUAGAAAAAUGUGUUUAUAUUCAAUGGAACUUACGAAUUUUAAGAGAUCUGGGUCGAAUAGAUGAAUUAAAUAAAAAUAUAGAUUUUGUUGAAGAUUUGACAAUAGAUAAUGAAAAUUUAGAAGAAAAUGUAUUUGACGAUUUAUUUUCAGACAAUGAGUUAAUUACAUAUGAUGAAAAUGGAUGCAUAGAUAUUAGUAGUGAUUCAUAA